GGCCGUGGUGACCCCCCCGCCCCACCCAUGGACAGGCUCAAGAGAAAGUUUGAGGAUGCGGACGUGGGCUCCAACGGCUCCAACAGCGACGACGAAAUCUCCAACAGCGACAGCGCUCCUAACGCUUCCCCACGUCCUCCCCCCACAGCCACCUCCAUCCUGAAGCGGCAGAAGCAGCUGCGCAGGAAGAAUGUCCGCUUCGACCAGGUCACCGUCUACUACUUUGCGCGGCGCCAGGGCUUCACCAGCGUCCCCAGCCAGGGCGGCAGCUCCCUGGGCAUGGCCCCGCGCCACGACCGCGUGCGCCGCUACACCCUGGGGGAGUUCGCACGGGAGCAGGAGGUGAACCAUCGGCAGGCCCUGCGGCAGCAACCGCGCGAGGAGAAGCUGCACGCCAAGAAGAUGAAGCUGACCAAGAACGGGACGGUGGAGUCGGAGGAGGCGGAGGGGCUGCGCCUGGAGGACGUUUCGGACGAUGACAUCGACGUGGAGAACGUGGAGGUGGACGAUUACUUCUUCCUGCAGCCGCUGCCCACCAAGCGGCGCCGGGCGCUGCUGCGCGCCUCGGGCGUGCACCGCAUCGACGCCGAGGAGAAGCAGGAGCUGCGCGCCAUCCGCCUCCCCGAGGCGUGCGCCUGCAGCCAGGCCGGCAUCAAGUGCCAGGUUGACCGCAUGUCCUUCCCCUGCGGCUGCUCCCGGGACGGCUGUGGGAACAUGGCCGGGCGCAUCGAGUUCAACCCCAUCCGCGUUCGGACUCACUUCCUCCACACCAUCAUGAAGCUGGAGCUG